CCAUCCACUCAGUUUCACUACUGCAGCUGUCUCCUCUUGUCAGUUCUGAGCUUCAUCUAGCUCCAGCCAGGCAGGCAGGUCAGUACAUUCUACAAACCCCAGUCAUCUCUAAGAAUAAACCUUUCAAAACAGCAGCCUGUGUCAACCUGAAUCAUUCUGGGAUCUGGUUUGGGAAAAUGACCCAGCUAAUGACUUCAUGUUAAUGGUCUAUAUAAGUCGAGAGAAAACCAGGCUUCUGCAGAGUGCACUCGGAGCUGAUCCAAGGGAAAAACUGCCUCCGAGAGGAGUAAUAUUGAGUGAGCACCCCAGCUAUGUCGCAGGCAGCCCCCGUGAAAAAGAAGCGUCCUCCAGUGAAGGAGGAAGAUCUCAAAGGGGCUAGAGGAAAGCUCUCCACCAACCAGCAAAUUAAAUCCAAAACCUACCAAGUCAUGAAGCAAUGUGAACAAGAGGGCUCUGUGGCACCUUCCAUAUUCAGUCAAGAUCGGACAGGAGGUGAAACAGCCUUUGAGAAGCCUAAAGAAGAACCACCGAAGAGUGUCUUUGGCUGAUAACCAAGUUUAACCUGUGUGACAAAGAUUCCUAAUGUAACACUUAAUCCCAAAUUGCUGUCGCUCAUACUAAACUUAUUGCUGCACUAGUAAAUCACUUUCAAAUUAGUCAUUAAUUAGGAGCACUCAUUUUGUAGGCUACAACUUCCUUUUAUAAGUUUAAGUAUUUUCUUUCUAUAUUGUACAUGCUGUAAUGGUUUCAAUAAGAACCUGGUCACUGGACACAGGCUGGCAUAGUAAUGACCAAUUUCUACUUAAAUGACGUAUGUGUUUUUUUUUAAGACUUCUGUUCCAGAGCUGUGAUCUAGUUAAAUUUUCAAUAUAAUCUUAAGUGCAAAAAAAGUAAAAUAAAUGAGUGAUAUGGAUUUGA